AUGGUGGAAAGCCAGGUAAUCCCAGGAGUUGACUUCAGGGCCACCAAAGAGCCCCAAGUUGUCCGGAUAAUUGUGAAGACGCCCUGGCAGGAGGAGGAGUUUUUGGUCCACAAGGACAUGCUGGUGAGGGAAUUCAAGGAGCACGUAGCCCGGCACCUGUCCUCUUCUCCCUCCCAAAUUGUGCUGGUCUACACCGGAAGGAUCCUGAAAGACCACAAGUCCCUCGCCCAGCACGGGAUCCACCUGGACAGCAAUGCUGCCGUCUAUGUCGUCGUCCGGUCCCCACAAGCCUGCCCGCCCCAGCAGGGGCCCACCCUGCCAGCUGACCUGGGCCCAGACCCCAAAGCCCCUGCCAGGAAUGGCACUUUCGACAGUGAUGGUUUGCGGGAGCUGACGGCCAGCCUGGGCCUCAACACGGCCAACUUUGCGGAAUUCCAGAGCCAGCUGAUGUCCAACCCUGACCUGAUGCUGCAGCUUCUGGAGAACCCCUUCAUCCAGAGCAAACUCUCCAGCCCCGAUCUGAUGAAGAAGAUGGCCACCAAGAGCCCCCAGAUACGGCAGGUGAUCCAGAGGGCCCCCGAGAUCAGCCACGUCUUCAGCUCUCCGGAAGGCAUGAGGCUGUUGUUGGAGCUGGCCAGGAACCCGGCGGCGGUGCGGGAGAUCAUCAAGUCCCCGCCCCAGGCUCACCCGUGUCCCGGGAGCGUCCCCAGUGGCGACGGCAACACGGCCUUGCAGGAUGUGCUGAUCAAGGUGCAGGGCCUGGUGCAGAAGGCCCUGCCCAAGAGGCCGGCCCCCACGGUCUGGUCAGGAGCCCCGGGAGGCCCCCAGAGUGAGAAGCCUGGGCGGGCCAAGCAGCAGCUGCAUUCCCCCAAACCGUGGCCCUCCAGGUCUAGCGGCCAAAGCGUGGGCACGGCUGCUGGCAAUGACCACAGCAAAGGGGAAAGCGGCAACUUGCGAGGGGAGACGGGCCAGCUGGCCUCAGCGGCCGUGAAGAACCUGUUCCACCAGAUCAUUAAGCAUCUCGUGCAGAGCAUGGCGAGCAGCCCCCCCAGGCACCCCACUGAUCAGGGUCUUGGCUCGGAGGUGGCGGGCAAAGCUGCCCAGAGGUACGUGGCCGGAUCCAGAAACUCCCGGGAGCAGAUUCUGGCACUCCUGCAGCAGAUCCAAAACACGGAUGUCCUCCUGGCAAGCUGGAGCCCUAAAGAGAUCCAGGGGCUGAUGGAAAUUCAGCAGAGAUUGCAGGCCCUGACGACCGACGAACCGGUGGCGGAAAGGCGCGGCCGAUCGGAGCGCCCUGCCCGGAGAGCGUAUUCCAUCACUUCCCUCUGUGGGAUGGUGCCCCCACCUGGCCCAGGGGGUGAGGAGGACUUCUCUGCUCCCGAGAUCUGGCAGAGCCUGGCGGCGGACGACUUCUUCUGCAGGCCCCCACAGCUCAGCGUCCAUCUGCGGGGCUGCUCGGCACAACCCCCCUCUUCGAAGCAGCAGACGUACAAGCUCUGA